GACCCAGACCAGGACUUCAGCAGGAGGACCCAGUGAGACCCCCUAUCUGAAACAGACCAGGACCCAGACCAGGACUCCAGCAGGAGGACCCAGUGAGACCCCCUAUCUGAAACAGACCAGGACCCAGACCAGGACUUCAGCAGGAGGACCCAGUGAGACCCCCUAUCUGAAACAGACCAGGACCCAGACCAGGACUCCAGCAGGAGGACCCAGUGAGACCCCCUAUCUGAAACAGACCAGGACCCAGACCAGGACUUCAGCAGGAGGACCCAGUGAGACCCCCUAUCUGAAACAGACCAGGACCCAGACCAGGACUCCAGCAGGAGGACCCAGUGAGGACUCUGACCGGUCCAGCCUCUGAGGAAGUGCACUGGUGUUGAGUUGCGGUCCAUCUGUGUCCUCCUGGUUUUGACAUGGCCUCCUUGACCGGCCUGCUGGACGACGUCCCUCCCUUCUUCAGCCCUGGACGUGUCCUUUGGCCUUCGCAGCGCGGCGCCCUGUCCUCGCUGCAGCAGGAGUUCUUCAACAGGAGGCUGAACCUGGCAGAAGGCCUCCUGAGGGAGAUCCAGCACGAAGCCCACCUACUGCCACUCAUGUCCUCCACCUUAGCAAGGCUGACCAAUGCGGAGCAGCAGAGAGACGCUUCCAGCAUGGAGCAGCAGAACCAGGUCCAGCAGGUGUCCGAGAACAACCGUGACCUCCUGGUGACCCUUGACGCCCGUGGAUACGCCCCCGGUGACAUCACUGUCAAACUGGAGGGCCGCAGCGUGGCGGUGGUGGCCAUGAAACAGGCGUCUGCAGACCAGUCCCACACCACCUCCUCCUGCUCCUCCUCUGCUGCCUUCAGCUCCUCAGCCUCCUCACACGUGGGCUUCGUCCAGAAGAUCGAUCUGCCCGCCCACCUGGACCUGUCCGGCCUGUCCUGUUCCCUGAUGGACGACGGACAGCUUCGAAUCCACGCCCCCGUGGCCAAACAGCCAAUCAGUGAAGAGCGCCAAGUGCCCAUUCGGUUCAGGACAUCGCUGGAGUUCCCCAUCACCCAGGACAAGAUGGAGGACGCAGACUAACGCCCACAUCACACCUUCAGUGACCUACAGUGACCUUCACUGAUCUUCAGUGACCUUCGGUGACUGACACUGAAACUCUCUUUACUGAAUGAGGCGCCAUGUUUUGAUGCUCAUUCACUUACACUUAAAGACUGUGAUGAGUUAAGUUUACAGGACUAAAUAUGAUUAUUUAUUUUAUAAAGAUUUGAAAUUUGUAAAAACUUUUUGAAAUAAAAAAUAUUUCAU